CAGGCUCCACUAUAUGGCAGUCGAUUUCGGCUCGUGAACGCGCGUAGAUAAUGCCGAUAAGAAGCCCACGUUACAUUUUAUUGUUAUAGUAAAAUUGUACAAUGGUAUCCUCGUACGUCAUAGUUCUGAUGGUGAUGACUCUGUAUGGUGGUGGACGAGCACAGGAGUUGGCGGAUGCUGUGCUCUCAACCGUCCCCAACAACAAGAUGGAUUUGGUAGACAAUGGGCUGACUGACACUGAAUUGAUCAUGGCUUUUGUGGUGUUUCGUCAUGGUGAUAGAACUCCUGAUCAGGAAGAAUUAGACAAGUUUCCGGGAGACCACAACUAUGACAACAUCUUCUUUCCUUACGGCAAGAAAGCCUUAACAAACAAAGGCAAGCAGAGAGGAUUCCGCGUUGGCGAAUUUUUGAGGAAACGCUACAAUAACAUACUCUUGUCAAAAUUGUAUUUGCCCGAUGAAAUUUCUGUUCGCACCACGGAUUACGCGCGUACCAAGAUGACAGCUCUGACGGCGCUGGCAGCCAUGUUUCCGCCACCCAUCGCACAAAGGUGGAACCCAUUUUUGAACUGGCAACCAGUGCCUUACAACACAGAACCUCAAGAAGACGACGACUUGCUUUACUACUACAACUGUCCAAGAUAUCUAAGACUAAGGGAGAAAGUGUACGCCUUGCCAGAGAUAUUGGAAUUGAGGAAACCGUACGAAAGCCUUUUCAAAUAUUUAACUUUGAAAACAGGAACUAACAUCACGACACUAGAAGACGUUUUUUAUUUAGACAACUUGUUCCAGACUUUAGGAAACGUAGGUGUGAAAACGCCGGCUUGGGCCCAGGAAGUGAUGCCGGAAAUCAAACAAAUUACGAAAUUAGAAUACGCUUGUCAGUUUUAUGACAGUGAAUUAAUACGCUUAUCAACAGGUAUACUCCUGGCGGACAUUUUGAACGCGACGAGCGCGGCUAUGACUGAAGACAGGGAGCAACCAAACCUGCAGCUAAUCUCAGCACACGAGAACAACGUCGCUGCCCUCAUGGCAGCUGUGGGAGUAUUCGAGCCGCACCAACCAAAAUAUGGCUCAACAAUAUUACUGGAAUUUAGAAAGCGGUUGUCAACGGGACAGUAUGGUUUUACUGCGGUAUAUGCAGCGGAUGCCGGCGGCCCAGGAGUCGCUCUUCCCAUCUCCGGUUGCGGAGGAGAGUCGUUUUGUGAUUACGACACUUUCGUUAAUUUGACCAAAGAGAAUGUCCUAUCCAGGAGUGAAUAUAAAGAACAGUGUGCAAUCCUUGACAGAUAAUGUUAUUGAUAUUUUGUUCAUGACUGUAUUCGCAGCUUUAAUUAUUUAUUUAUUUAUAUUUAUUAAUAAAAUGCAGUUUCAGAAAAAAUUAAAUGUAGGUAGGUGCCUACUGCCGAAAAUAUUAACGAUAGCUCACGCCGACGCUUCUGGCACGCGGUACACCAUUGAAUUUUUUUUACUUACUUACUAUAUUUGUUUGAGGGUGACGAAAGUUGCUAAAUGUCACUACGUAUGCCAGGAGCGUUGUCAUGAGAUAUAAAAACAAACUUACAAAAGCUAAAAUCCAUGUAAUCUAAUUUUUUUUAUUAUGGGGAUUAUUUUGGUAUUAUCGCACUGAAUAAAUUUUAAAGCUAUUAUUUAAUCCAUCUAGUUAAUAUAUUAAAAUAAAAAUAGUUAAUACCUACAUUAUGAAAUAAAAUUGAUAUAAAAUUAUAUUAGAAUUGUUAUUUAUGAUAUUACUGUUGGAUAUUUGUAGGGAUUUCCAAAAUAGCUUAACAAGGUCUUAGACCGCUUUUGUAUAAUGGAGACUUGUUUUAACGAUUUAGUUAUGCAUAUAAAAUGAUUUGUAACUGUGUUGAAUAAUUUAUAAUAAAAUGGCUGUGAUA